UCCUGGAGUUGUAAAAAUGAUCUCGCAACAAUCAGACGGCACUCCUUCUGACACGGAUUAUUUUGGAAAUUCCCUGAAAAUCUGGAAAUGUGAAUUGUACAAAUUACAAGAGGAAGCUCCCCGACCCAUUCCCGUACUUCGAAGCGAGUCAAAAGAAAUUGCCGAUGCUCCAGAUUUCUACGGACUUGAUUAUCAUGGAGUUUUGGGACAUCGUGAAGCGGAUGCUUUGCUGCAUGACAAACCCGAAGGAAGUUAUUUGGUACGAAAAAGUCCAAACCGAAAAAAUCGCACGGACGAAAAUAGCGACAAUCAAAAUUCUUUUUACACACUUUGCUUCAAAUUUGACUCGAAAGUGCAUCAUUUCAAGUUGUACUACAAUCCCUUUUUGGGCCAUUAUGUCGUCGAAGACUCGAAAAAGUUCGAAGAUAUCAAAAGUUUAGUGGCUGACGGACUUUUGAAUCACUACAUCCGCAAACACGGAGGACCCAUUCUCGAUGCCAUGGGAAAAAAUGUGAAUUACGAGCAAUCGCCUUACAUGACGCUGAAUCGCCGGAAAAUGCGGGCCUUAUCAUCGGAAGUGUACAGUAAGCGGUACAGCAACGGCAACGAGGAAGCGAAACGCGCAACGAUAAAUUUGCUGAACGAAGAGAAAAAAGUUGAGUCAGAAUUGAAGGCGGGCGAUAUUGUGCCGACGGAAUACAAAAAGCAGCACAAUUUCAAAGUCAACAACUUCAAGGGCCUGAAUUGGUGUGACUCGUGUGGGAAUUUUCUGUGGGGAUUCAUUGCCCAAGGCGUUCGAUGCGACGAUUGUGGUUUUAUUGCGCACGAAAAAUGCUCGAAAACAGUCCCGCCAAAAUGCAUGCCGGACUUGAAGAAUAUUCGCGGCGUGUUUGGCAUCGAUUUGACCACGUUGGUGAUUGCGUACAAACAGGACAUUCCAUUUGUUGUGGAAAAAUGCGUGAAAGAAAUCGAAGAACGGGGAUUGAAACAAGAGGGAAUUUAUCGCGUUUCCGGAUUUGCUGACGAAAUUGAACAAGUGAAGGAAACACUUGACAAGGAAGGAAAUGCCGCAGAUAUUAGUGAGAAAAGUGUCAGCAACAUAAAUGUCGUUGCGAGUAUUCUAAAAAUGUAUCUUCGUUUGUUGCCGAUUCCGUUAAUUACGUAUCAAGCGUAUCCGGCUUUAAUUGACGCUUCGAAUAAAGCAACGCCCGCCGAACAGAUAGAUUUUACCAAAAAAGCCUUGCCAUUACUGCCGUCAUCGCAUUUCAAGUGUCUUAAGUACAUGAUUGAACAUUUACAAAAAGUUGCCGAAUAUCAAGAAGUGAACAAGAUGUCAGAACACAAUUUAGGCACCGUUUUUGCGCCAACUUUAAUUGCAUUUCCAUCUGGCAUGACAGAUUUGUCUCAAGAAAUCUUCUUGCUAUCCUUUUUGAUACGGAAUUGUAAAAGUAUUUUUGACUGAAUUAUCAAGAAUUUCAAUAAUUUUAAGUGCAAUUAUUUUUUAAAAAAAUUUCUUCCUACCAAAACAUGUA